AUGUGUGCGAGACUGGCGCGUUGGAGCGCCGCAGAGUUGGCUCUGAUGCCGAGCCUGCAGAAGCGGAUGCAUUCGACCAUGAACAAGGCGGAUCGCUUUGUCGUGCCUGUAGACCGCAGCACGCUCCCUCGCGGCUAUCUAGUGGCAACGACCUAUGCAGGUAUUAAGAAGGCCAUCAGCCCGGCGCCCGCCACGGAUGCAGCGCCGCAGCACGCACCAAAGCCUGACCUGACGCUUCUCGUAUCCAGCACGCCAGCCUCUGUGGCAGGCACGUUUACUUCAAACAAGUUUCAAGCCGCGCCUGUGGUGCAUGCCACCAGGGCCCUGCAAGCGCAAGGACCCCAUGCCCGGGCACGGGCCGUGCUUGUGAAUAGUGGGUGUGCGAAUGCUGUGACGGGACAAGGUGGCUACGAAGAUACAGAGACACUGGUCAAAGAGUUGCAAAAGCUCCUUCCCGCUGGUAAGCACAAUGGCCCAGACACCGCCAGUGAUGUACUGAUGAUGUCGACGGGCGUUAUCGGGGUGCGCCUGCCGCUGCCCCAGAUGCUCCGGGGGAUACAGCACUUGAUGAGGGGCCAUGUGCUGCAGAGCAACCCAGAGGCUUGGCUCGAGAUGGCGCGGGCCUUCAUGACGACCGAUACGUUCCCCAAGCUGCGCACGCGCCAGUUCAAGUUGGGCAACCGGCUGUGCAGUAUGGCGGCUAUUGACAAGGGUGCUGGUAUGAUUCACCCUUACAUGACAAGCCCAGGAGGCCUGCAUGCCACGCUGCUGGGGAUGUUUGUCACGGAUGCUCCAGUGGCAACGCCGACGCUGCAGCGCUGCUUGGAGGAGGCGGUGCGGGAGUCGUUCAAUUGUAUCAGUGUCGAUGGAGACAUGAGUACAAAUGACACGAUCUUGGCGCUGGCAAAUGGUCAGGCCCCUGUGAUAGGCACCGGAUCGCCGGUCGAAGGGGAAAUCAGUGAAAGAACGCACCCCGAGCUGGUAAACAUUUUUGCGGAGGAACUCAAGGCAAUGUCGAUCGAAAUGGCGCACUUGAUCGUACGCGACGGUGAAGGUGCAGAGAAGUUUGUACAAGUGCAUGUGAAGAAUGCAGGGACCUACGAACAGGCGCACGCCAUUGCCUCGUCCAUCAGUACCUCCGCGCUUGUCAAAUGUGCUAUGCACGGCGAAGAUGCUAACUGGGGCCGGAUUCUAUGUGCAGCAGGCUAUGCGGCAGUACCUUCAUCGUCACCUGCAUGGUCGCUGGACCCGACCAAGGUAAAUGUCUCUUUUGUUCCGCCUCCGAAUGCCAGCGGUCUGUCGCCGAUCCACACGUUAAAGAAUGGUGUACCGCAGCACGUCGAUGAGGUCAAGGCGGCUGAACUGCUAGCCCAAGAAGAUAUCUAUAUCGACAUGGAUUUGCAAGGCGGUUCGUGGAAGGAGGGUGCUUGUGCCGAGGCCUAUGUUGUCUAUGUUUACCCACAGAUCAACGGAGAUUACCGGACCUAG